ACAGAAGAAGCAAAGACCGAAGAAACCCACCAAACGUAAAAAAGCAACGGAUUUUCCACUCAGAGAUUUGUUGAAGAACGAGUACCGAGACUGGAAAUUUCACCUCCAAGGAAAAAAAAAAAGGAGAAAAACAAAAAGAGGAAAAAGAAAAAGUAGCAGCGGUUGCAAGAAAAACAGAGCUUAAAAGACAGAAACAGAGAGAUAAUAAAGAGGGGGGUGUUCGUUCAUAAAGCGAGGAAUUUUGCAAUGUCACAAGAUUCUGAGGGGAUAAAGACGAUUGAGCAGUGGAAAUGGUCUGAAAUACAGGGUCUCGAACUUGUGUCAGGUUCUUCUCCUGGAUUUAUAACCCAUCCCCCUCCCCCAUCCACAACUACAGCAACUACAACUACGACUACAGCUACAACUUCUUCUUCUUCUUCUUCAGACUGGGCCUCAAAAGCUUUGGCACUAACUCAAGUGGGUGCAGAGGGAGAAGAGGGAAGGGAUCAAAUGGAGGGUCGAGAGGAAAAGAAGGAAGAGAAGCCAGGCUCUGUUUCUCCCUCAUCUGGGUUCCGAGAGCUGUUUAGGUACGCAGAUGGGUUGGAUUACGUGUUAAUGGGAAUUGGGUCUGUGGGUGCGCUCGUCCAUGGCUGCUCUUUGCCUCUGUUCCUCCGAUUCUUCGCCGAUCUCGUCAAUUCUUUCGGCUCCAAUGCCAACAACAUCGAUAAGAUGAUGCAGGAGGUUCUCAAGUACGCAUUGUACUUUCUCGUUGUUGGAGCUGCAAUAUGGGCGUCGUCCUGGGCAGAGAUUUCGUGCUGGAUGUGGACGGGAGAGAGGCAAUCGACGAGAAUUAGGAUCAAGUACCUAGAAGCGGCUUUGAACCAAGACAUCCAGUACUUUGAUACAGAAGUUAGAACCUCGGACGUCGUUUUUGCCAUUAACACCGACGCCGUGACCAUCCAGGACGCCAUUAGCGAAAAGUUGGGUAAUUUCAUUCACUAUAUGGCAACAUUUGUAUCUGGAUUUGUGGUGGGUUUCACUGCUGUGUGGCAACUGGCUCUAGUUACUCUCGCCGUUGUUCCUCUCAUCGCCAUAAUCGGAGUCAUCCACACCACCACUUUAGCUAAACUCUCCACCAAGAGCCAAGAAGCUCUUUCGCAGGCAGGAAAUAUUGCAGAACAGACAAUUUUUCAAAUUCGGACUGUUCUGGCAUUUGUUGGUGAAUCAAGAGCAUUACAAGCUUAUGCCUCGGCACUAAAGAUUGCACAGAGGAUCGGAUAUAAGAGCGGAUUUGCUAAGGGGAUGGGACUUGGUGCAACAUACUUCACUGUUUUCUGCUGUUACGCGCUUCUCCUCUGGUAUGGGGGUUAUCUGGUUAGGCAUCACUACACUAAUGGAGGACUCGCCAUAGCCACCAUGUUCGCUGUCAUGAUAGGUGGACUGGCUUUGGGACAAUCUGCCCCUAGCAUGAGUGCAUUUACUAAAGCAAAAGUUGCAGCUGCGAAGAUCUUCACUAUAAUUGAUCACAAACCCAGCGUCGACCGGAACAGUGAAUCGGGUUUGGAAUUAGACUCAGUUACGGGACUAGUAGAGCUCAAAUAUGUGGAUUUCUCAUAUCCAUCGAGGCCAGAAGUUCGGGUCCUCAACAAUUUCUGCCUCAGCGUCCCCGCCGGAAAAACCAUAGCUCUGGUGGGAAGCAGUGGCUCCGGCAAGAGUACUGUGGUGUCCCUCAUUGAGAGAUUCUAUGAUCCCACCUCAGGACAAGUUCUGCUAGAUGGGCAUGACAUAAAGACACUAAAGCUCAGAUGGCUGAGGCAGCAGAUAGGGCUAGUGAGCCAAGAACCUGCUUUGUUUGCCACCACCAUUAAAGAAAACAUGCUAUUGGGUCGACCCGAUGCAACACAGGUCGAGAUUGAAGAGGCUGCGCGUGUUGCCAAUGCCCAUUCAUUCAUUGUAAAGCUACCCGAAGGCUAUGACACUCAGGUAGGGGAGAGGGGAUUGCAGCUUUCUGGAGGGCAAAAGCAGAGAAUAGCUAUAGGAAGGGCAAUGCUGAAAAACCCAGCAAUCCUGCUCUUAGAUGAGGCAACAAGUGCUUUGGACUCUGAGUCGGAGAAACUAGUGCAAGAGGCCCUCGACCGGUUCAUGAUUGGCAGGACAACUCUUGUGAUUGCCCACCGGCUCUCCACCAUUCGCAAGGCUGAUCUUGUGGCUGUACUUCAGCAGGGGAGCGUAACUGAAAUUGGAACCCAUGAUGAACUCAUUGCCAAAGGCGAGAAUGGCAUCUACGCAAAGCUCAUACGAAUGCAGGAAGCAGCUCAUGAAACUGCUCUAAGUAAUGCCAGAAAGAGUAGUGCAAGGCCUUCUAGUGCCAGGAACUCAGUAAGUUCACCUAUAAUUGCCCGGAACUCCUCGUAUGGCCGAUCACCGUACUCACGCAGGCUAUCUGACUUCUCAACAUCUGAUUUUAGCGUCUCCCUUGAUGGUGCACACCCUAGUUACCGGCUUGAAAAGCUUGCCUUCAAGGAGCAAGCCAGUUCCUUCUGGCGCCUUGCAAAAAUGAACUCUCCAGAAUGGGCUUACGCUUUAGUUGGUUCCAUCGGCUCUUGUAUUUGUGGCUCUCUUAGUGCUUUCUUUGCAUAUGUUCUGAGUGCUGUUCUCAGCGUCUACUACAAUCCGGACCAUGCUUACAUGAUAAGAGAGAUUGGAAAAUAUUGCUAUCUGUUGAUUGGUGUUUCCUCUGCUGCACUUAUCUUCAACACACUCCAGCAUCUUUUCUGGGAUAUCGUUGGAGAAAAUCUCACGAAACGAGUGCGGGAGAAAAUGCUGGCAGCAGUGCUGAAAAAUGAAGUGGCAUGGUUUGAUCAGGAGGAGAAUGAGAGUGCAAGGAUUGCAGCACGGUUGGCUCUCGAUGCAAACAAUGUUAGGUCAGCUAUAGGAGACAGGAUUUCGGUGAUCAUGCAGAACUCAGCGCUCAUGUUGGUUGCUUGCACAGCAGGGUUUGUUUUGCAGUGGCGCCUUGCCCUUGUUCUUAUUGCUGUCUUCCCUGUCGUCGUUGCAGCCACUGUAUUGCAGAAAAUGUUCAUGCAAGGUUUCUCAGGAGAUUUGGAAGGUGCCCAUGCAAAGGCCACGCAACUAGCAGGAGAGGCUGUGGCCAAUGUAAGAACAGUUGCAGCUUUCAAUUCAGAAGCAAAAAUUGUGAGUCUUUUCUCCUACAACCUCGAAAUUCCACUAAGGCGCUGCUUCUGGAAGGGACAGAUCGCUGGAAGUGGAUAUGGAAUUGCUCAGUUCUUCCUUUAUGCUUCCUAUGCACUUGGUCUAUGGUACGCCUCAUGGCUUGUGAAGCAUGGGAUCUCUGAUUUCUCAAAGACGAUCCGAGUUUUCAUGGUUCUCAUGGUCUCUGCGAAUGGUGCAGCAGAAACUCUAACCCUGGCUCCUGACUUCAUCAAAGGCGGUCGAGCCAUGCGAUCAGUGUUCGAGCUUCUCGACCGAAAAACUGAAAUUGAGCCUGAUGAUCCAGAUGCAACCACCGUUCCCGAUCGCCUUCGUGGGGAAGUUGAAUUUAAGCAUGUAGACUUCUCCUACCCCGCUCGUCCUGAUGAUCCAAUUUUCCGUGACCUUACACUUCGUGCUCGAGCUGGAAAGACUCUUGCCCUUGUAGGUCCUAGCGGGUGUGGUAAGAGCUCAGUCAUUUCACUUGUACAGCGAUUCUACGAACCAACAUCAGGACGGGUUCUGAUUGAUGGAAAGGACAUUCGUAAAUACAAUCUCAAGUCAUUGCGCCAGCACAUUGCAUUGGUUCCCCAGGAGCCGUGUCUCUUUGCUGCAACCAUUUAUGAAAACAUCGCCUAUGGGCAUGAAUCUGCGACUGAGGCAGAGAUCAUUGAAGCUGCCACUUUGGCCAAUGCUCACAAGUUCAUAUCUGCACUGCCUGAGGGAUACAAAACAUUUGUUGGGGAGAGGGGGGUUCAAUUAUCUGGAGGACAGAAGCAGAGAAUUGCAAUUGCCCGGGGUUUUGUAAGGAAGGCAGACAUAAUGCUGCUUGAUGAGGCAACAAGCGCACUCGAUGCCGAGUCCGAGAGGUGCGUCCAGGAGGCUUUGGAACGCGUUUGCUCUGGAAAGACAACAAUUGUGGUUGCUCACAGAUUAUCAACAAUAAGGAAUGCCCAUGUCAUCGCCGUGAUUGAUGAUGGGAGAGUUGUAGAGCAAGGCUCUCAUUCCCAUUUAUUGAAAAACUAUCCGGACGGGUGCUAUGCCCGGAUGAUACAGUUACAGAGGUUCUCACAUGGGCAGGUUGUCGGAAUGGCAUCAGGCUCAAGUUCCUCAUCGAAACCCCGAGAAGACCAGGACAGGGAAGCCUAAGAGAUCAAAGCAAAUACUGGGAAAAUGGAGUAUCUCAAUACCCCUAAUGCUUUUUUUUUUUUGGGUUCUGGAGUAUUUGUUUUUGUUUUUCUGUUUUGGUAUAGUAUGUGUAUUGUCUAAUUUUACCACAUAUGUUCUUAUUUCCAUUGAUCUUAUUAAGAAUGAAAGUGACAAAUACUUGAGAUUUCAAUAGCUAAA